ACUCCUCUCUGGACUACUUAGUAUCGGCAGCAGUGUGUUUUGCAGCAUCUUACGGACGGCAACGCUGACUUUCGCCCGGGCUGACUUUUCUCCUGCAAAGAUAAACAAGAAAAAUAGUCGUAAACAUAAUCCAAAAACAAAUCUCAAAACACAAGACGGUCGACAGAAGAGCAUCUCCAAACGUUUUAAAUUGCGUCUGUUUUUCCGUCCUCGCAGGCUUUACCCACUUCAAGCAACAGACCGGACUUCUCCCGCUGACUUCGCACUCUUGCAAGCAGAGAAAAUGGGGAAACAGAACAGCAAGCUGACCCCUGAAGUGAUGGAGGAUCUGGUGAAGAGUACAGAAUUUAACGAGCACGAGUUGAAGCAGUGGUACAAGGGUUUCCUGAAGGACUGUCCCAGCGGCCGGCUCAACCUGGAGGAGUUCCAGCAGCUUUAUGUCAAGUUCUUCCCCUACGGCGACGCGUCCAAGUUCGCCCAGCACGCCUUCAGGACCUUCGACAAGAACGGUGAUGGCACGAUUGACUUCAGAGAGUUCAUCUGUGCACUCUCCAUCACGUCACGAGGCAGCUUUGAGCAGAAACUCAACUGGGCCUUCAACAUGUACGACCUGGACGGAGACGGCAAGAUCACACGGGUGGAGAUGCUGGAGAUUAUCGAGGCGAUCUACAAAAUGGUCGGCACGGUGAUCAUGAUGAAAAUGAACGAGGACGGCUUGACGCCUGAGCAGAGGGUGGACAAGAUCUUCUCCAAGAUGGAUAAGAACAACGACGACCAGAUCUCACUGGAGGAGUUCAAAGAGGCGGCCAAGAGUGACCCCUCCAUCGUAUUACUCCUGCAGUGUGACCUCCAGAAAUAGGCAGGAGGGCCAGUCAAGCGCUCCACCAGCCGCCACGGACUGCACAGAAAGAAUUUCAUGUUCCAUUCAGUUUGCAGCUAUUUCCACUGAAAAAAAAAAAAAUGCUUGGACUACCUUUCAAUGGAUCCGCUUCUUGUGUUUGAAACACUCGUGUGCAUGAGAAUGUUAUUUGCUAUAAAAAGACCUACACGUAACAUAUAACAGUGUGCGAGUGCAAGAGUGCGGGUGCACACUCACCCCAUACACACACACACACACACACACACACACACACACUACAUGCACUUCAACACACACAAAUACACACAUCACUUACUACAUAUUUACACCUCGCACAAAUAUAUAAAUAUAUAUAUAUAGAUAUAUAAAUAUGAAUAUAUAUAUUUAAAUUAUUUAAAGAUCAACUGCCAAAAUGUGAAGUGUGCAAAGUAUUUUCCAUACAGUUUCAGUCUACUGGAGCUUGCGCAUCAGUGAUGUGCUACGUUAAAAUUGCCGCUACUCUAUUUAUUGUUCCAAGUUUACUGAUGCUAGCUAUAUGUGUUUCAUAAUAUUGAGUAAUGUCAACCGAACCAAAUUCCUAUGAUAAUGUAUCUGCCUCCAAUAAAACACUCGAUCCUUUCAUCCAAAAUGUUAGCUCUGGAUAGACGAAGAGAUGGAUUAGCGUUUGUCCAACUUUUCCUUAACGAAAACAUGCUUGUACUGUCGGUAAAACUGUAAAUGUAGUUAAUUUGCAUGCCUUUAGGUUCUGCCUUAAGAUCUCCUCUUUUUGCAUCCUGUAAGAUUAAUCGAAGACAGAAAGCCUUAUCAAAGAAACGCGGUGACACUUUAAACCGUGAGAAAAGAUUUUUAAUGACUAGGGGAAAAAAAAAAUCAUACUGCAGUAGAUCCUUCUACAAGUAUUGUCGUAUGGGAUGUAAUUUCUGUGAUCUGUCAAGACUUUUUAUUUUGACUGCUAUAACUGUGGGAGCAUGUUUCCUUGUAGAUUAGCUAUAGUAGGAUAUAUGUUGCUAAGAACUAAUUCCCCCGCCCCUGUGCAUAUACUCUCACAAAUCUAUUUUUUGAAUUGGUAGAUGAUGAAUGUGGAGAUAAGGCAAAGUCAACACAUUUUUGAAAUAGAGGCAUAUGGAUAUGAGGUAGAGGAGAUCAAGCAAUUAAAUCGGGAUUUCCCCCGUAGAAACGAGUGGAUGCUUCCCUUUGUUGGAACCAACCGCGGGUGGUGAAUGGUUAAAUUAGCUUUUAAAGAGUGGUCAUCUACAGUGGAGAGGUUUUAAGCAUAUGUUAUAAAAGUUCACCAUCACAUACAGCUUUUUUUCCUCCAUUGAGCAUACAGGUUGCAUAUCAAUAAGCUGGAUCCGUAGGGGAAUUUUUUUAAACACUCUUUGAUCGUGAAGAAACACAGGAAUAAGUCCAGUGCAACACGAACUCUCAGUUGUCUUUUUCAGUCAAAGUAAAUAACAUAGUGAGCGAAGCAGUGAAUGGCGUUUCAUUACACACUGUAACUAGAGAACAGCCCCUAAAGCCAUGUGUUAAGCAGGUUGGACAAUUCGCCCUCCCAACCCAUGACGUAUUUCUCUCUCCUCUUACCAAUCAGUCAAUCUUUUUGUACUUUUUUACUCCCUUCUCUCAUAUUGUACACGUACUGAUGCAUACUACAUGUAGAGAAGUUCAGUGUCUCCUUUCAAGAUUGGUGCCCUUCUAAAAUGAUUUGGAAUGAAGCUAUAAGUCCAGUUGAGUCUGGAAAUAGUUAAUAAGAUUAUUCCCCUGGCCCUGAUUGACCCUUUCCCAGCUGUAUAAAUUCUACUGCAGGUUGAUAGACUACUGUGCCCUUGUUUUAUGAGCAGUUUUCAAACUGGGAGGCUAUAUGAGUCAUUAUGUUCCUAAUAUACCACACUGCAAUAAUGCCAAUAAUAGUUUACCAGUCCAUUGCCAUCUAUCGACGGUGAGGUUUGUCCCGGUCUGUUUGUAAUCUGAACUUCUUUACAUGAUCAUGUUUGGCCAGAAAAUGUUUCUAAUUACAACUCUGUUAUUACUAUUACGAUCAAGAUACCAAAUGUAAGCAAUGGCAACCGUGUACAAGGAUUCUUUUGUAGCAUGUAUUGUGUCCCCAAUGACAUGGCUGCACUACUCCCUGUGUUGUGAUUUAAUCUAAUAAAAGGAACUCUAUGGGC